CUCACAUCCCACCUUUUCCACUACUCGCACUGCAAGUACAGAAAAUCUCCCGCAUUCAUUCCUCGCUCGCCGUCGUUACGCAGUCGCUGCUCCAGCCGCGAGAUCGUCUUGGUCUAGCUGGACUGGCAUAGCCACCAACCCGCAUUCCUCUAGCGACGACCAGGCCGACUGUGCGUCGCGACUGUGAACGAGCUAGGCCGCAGCCUCAGCAGCACCAGGGCCGCGAUGGCUGCUAAUAGUAGCAGCACUAAUAGUAGCGCGCGCAGUAGACACCUGCCUCAGGUAGGAUCGCGUCCUGUAGCCCUCUCCCACCGCCCUCGCAGACCUGCUUCGACACAGCACGUCCCCUCCGCUGGCCUCCCGCCACCAAGGCCUACCUUCCCCGCCCACGUCGUUACUAGUAGUAGUAGCGGUCAACGCUGUUCCUCACCCCGAUCUCCCUCAAUCCACGCCCAUAGAAGCUGUAGAAAAGCGCUCGGCAUUGGCGCUGGUGGGGCAUUUCCGCCGCUAGUACUGUAAGUAGAAGCCGCACCGUCUCACGCUGCAGCCGCACUACUAGUAUUACUUCUAGUACCUCUAGCCGUAGCGAAGUUAACGCUGUGUUGCGACUCGGAACCCUCUCUGCGCCGUUCCACUUCCAUCAUGGCGUCAUUCCCUCGCUCCCUCCCCGCCCUCCCCCCCUUCCUCUCGCUCCUCGCUCUCGUCGCCCUCCUCAGCCCGUGUCGCGCUUUCACAGUGGCGCCGGACCCCGGCGGGUGCGUGGUGGCCAUAGCGGACAGCGACCGCGACGCCAUGCGCGCGGUGUUCGCGGCGCUGCCCGCCGGACUCUUCUUCUGGCACGACGGCGUGGACGAGUCCGACUCCGCCUUCUUCGACGCGCACCGCAACGUCUCCUUCUGCUGCGUGCAUCCCCGUCCCGCGUCGUGCCGCUGCGGCAGCGCGAUCCGGUGCGCGCCCGACGGCCGCAUCACGCGCAUCUUCUCCGAUCCGAGCCGCUACGACAUGCCGGGACCCGCUGGGAAUUGGGGGGGAAGCUGCCCGCCCGGCGCGCUGUCGCCCGCCAUCGGGGACCUUGCGGAGCUCUCCUCGCUCGUCUUCCGCCACUCGUGCCUCGCCGGCGACCUGCCGGAUUCCGUCACGCGCCUCCAGAAGCUGACGGAACUCGACAUGCCCGAGAACGACUUCUCCGGCCCCAUCCCGCCCGGCCUCUUCCGCCUGCUGGCGCUGCGCCUCGUGGAUCUGACCGCCAUUGGCGGCGGCGGCGGCGGCCUGACGGGCUCCCUUCCUGAUGGCCCCGACGCGUUCCUGCCGUCGCUGGAGGCGGUUCUCCUCUCCAACAACACGCUUUCGGGGGACCUUCCGCAUGCUCUUCUCCGCGCGCCCGCGCUGCGCGAGGUGCGCCUGCAGGGCAACAACCUUACGGGGGAGCUCCCGGGGGAGGCGGGCGCAUACUCGCAGAGCAUCCAGGCGCUCUCCCUGCGCGGCAACAGCCUGUCCGGCGCCGUCCCUUCCGCCCUGGCGGAAAUGACCGCGCUCACGGAACUCGACCUGGGGAUGAACCGCCUGACGGGGUCGUUCCCGGGGAGCAUGGGCUCUCUCGCCUCCCUCGCGCACCUGGCGCUGGACCAGAACCGCCUGCAGGGCGACCUCACCGCGCUAACUGCUGCGGUUGACUCUAAUGCCUCUGCGCCUGCUGCUGCUGCUGCCGCCUCUGCUGGGCUGGGCGGGCUCUUCCCUCGUCUCACCUGGCUGGACGUCAGCAGCAACCAGCUCUCCGGCGAUGCGGCGGCGCUCGCCCCUCUCCCAUGGGGUCUCAGCUACUUGAACGCCUCGCGCAACAACCUCACAUGCGGCCCUGGCUGCAUGCUCUGGUCGCCACGGGUUGUGGACCUCUCCCACAACCGCAUCAGCGGCGCGCUGCAAGACAUCGUCAGCAACGCCACUUACCCAUCGGUGCUGCGGCUGGCGCACAACCAGCUGUCCGGAUCCAUCCCCGCAGGGCUGGUGGCGGCAGUGCGCCGGGAGCUGGACCUCUCUCACAACCUGCUCACCGGCACCAUUACCCAUCUCGCCGGCCCGCGGCGCAUUGACAUGUCCCACAACAACCUCACGGGGGACCUCCCGGGGGGCGCGGAGGCGUAUUCCUGGAGGCUCCGCGCGCUCUCCCUGCGCAGCAACAGCCUGGCCGGCGCCAUCCCCGCCACGCUGACCAUCAUGGCGUCUCUCACGCAUCUGGACCUCGGGAGCAACCAGCUGACCGGUGCUGUGCCCGCCGCGCUGAGCUCUCUGAAGCUGCUGGACGUGGCGCGGCUGGAUGGCAACGCGCUGACUGGGCCCUUCUGCCAGGCGCUGCUGCCCGCGCGCGAGCUGUGGGAGAACAGUCUGCACGGCUGCACGCUGCCCGCUCAGCUAAGGGUGCUCAGCGCGCCGCAUGCCGGGCUCAAGGGGAGCGUUCCGGCGGACCUGUUUCUGCAAGUGGAUGGGACCGGACGCAAAGCCAUGGGGUAUGAUGAUGCUGCAGGCAUGCAUGUCAACCUGAACCAGAACAGCCUCUCGGGCAGCUUGAAAGCUUUCUCGGUGAUCCGCCAGGGGAGCUUAGACCUGUCCCACAACAACUUCUCGGGCAGCAUUCCGGAAGCCUUUUUCAGCCCGCUGCUCCGUGCGGACGUGCGGUUCAACCAGCUUGCGGGGCCGCUGUUUGCUGCACGCAGGGACAAGCAUGCAACGUUCCGAGGCUAUGACAAUCCCGAGGACUGGGAGAGGCUGCGCAUGAGCAACAACGGCGCCGCCAUGGCGGGUGCUGUCGGCGCGGGGUUCCUACCAGCGCCGUCUCCCGGCGUGCAGGCCUCUGCUGCCGAGACGGCUGUGCUGCUGGCCGUGCGAGACGCACUCCUCGGCGGCGCAGGAGGAAGAGCAGCGGGGGGAGCAGACGGGGCAGCAGCUGGGGCAGCAGUGGCGGAUGGCGGAAACAGCUCGUGGGCGGCGCUGCUGAGCAGUUGGGGAGAGAGUAGCAGCAGCGCGUGUGCGUGGUACGGCGUGGGGUGCACGGCAGACGGCCACGUGGACACCCUGCACCUGCUGGGCGACCAAACUGUCACCCUGCACGCCCCCUUCGUGCCGGACUCGCCAGAGUGCGACUUCGAUGCAUACGGAGACAGGUCAUGCGUGCACGACUCUCUGUCCUCUCCUCCCCCUGUGCCCUUUUUCCUCAAGGGCUUGCCUGGGGGAAAUGGUCUGAGCGGGUCGCUUUCGGCAGCGUUGGGGCAGCUGACCCGGCUGACCUCGCUGCGCAUCUCCCACCACACGCUCUCCGGCUCCCUCCCCGCCUCCCUCUCCCUCCUCUCCCGCCUCGUCUCCCUCGACCUCAGCUCCAACCGCCACCUCUCUGGCGCCAUUCCCCCCGCCCUCUACGCCCUGUCCUCGUUACAAGAGCUCAACCUCCGGGAAAACAACCUCACAGGGGCGUGCAUCCCAGACAACAGCUCUUUGAUAUUGUCACCCUCGCUAGAAUCACUGGACGUGGGCAUGAACACUUUAUCUGGCCCCAUUCCUGCCAGCAUAGGCAGUCUGACGUCGCUCUGCCACCUGGCUCUGGACCACAACCGGCUGCAGGGCAGCAUGCCAGGGCAGCUUGGCGCGCUGUGGAUGCUGAGGGACCUGCAGCUGCAGGGGAACGCCCUGCAGGGAGACAUCUCCACCCUCGCUACUGCCGCCGGCCCAGCUGCUGAAGCUACCGCUGCUGCCUCUGCCGCCUCUGCCGCCUCUGCUGCCUCCGCUGCCUCCAGUGCGCCUGUCUUGUGGGGCCUAGGUGGGGUGUUCCCUCUGCUGACCUCACUGGACGUCAGCAGCAACCAGCUCUCGGGCGAUGUGGGCACACUCGCCACUUAUAACGACCCCCCCCCGUCCCCAAUGCACCUAAGCUUCCUCAACGCCUCGCACAACAACCUCUCCUGCAGCCCCUACCGCUAUCUCUGGACAGCAGCAGUCAUCGAUCUCUCCCACAACCGCAUCAGUGAGCCGCUGGAAGACCUCGUCUAUGGCCUUGACUUUUCCAUGACUGUGUUGCGCCUGUCCCACAACCAGAUGCCCGGAGACAUCUACGGAAGGCUGUUUGAAGCUGUCAGCGAGGAGCUGGACCUCUCACACAACCUUCUCACCGGCUUGCUACCCGAGCCCUACUUUCCACCCUACCUUCGCUCACAGCCGGUGACUGUCCCUGGCUCGAUCAACGUAGCCCACAACCAGCUGUCAGGACCCAUCCCUGCAUUGCUGCUCGAGCGCGUAACCGGAGAGCUUGACCUCUCCCACAAUCUGCUCAACGGCACGCUGCCCCCGCUGAACGGAACCCUGAGAGCCAUCAACCUGGCCCACAACCAGCUUGGGGGUGCCAUUCCUGUGCUCAGCACCCACCUGCAACGCUGUGACCUCUCCCACAACCAGCUGGAAGGGGGGAUUCCAGAGGCCCACCAGGGGCUGCAGCACCUGAAUUUGAGCUGGAACAGAUUGAGCAGCAUCGGUGCCUUGCAGGCGGUUAGCUUGAGCGCUCUGGACGUGUCUCACAACGCCAUAACUGGGGCCCUGCCUGCUUUAGGAGAGAGCAGUGGGAUCACGAGACUCACCUAUCUGGACCUCUCCUUCAACGCUUUCAACGGCACCAUCGUUCUCGAAAAGCACCUCCCGUUUGCACCACAAGCUUCAGGCACAUGCAGUGCGGUGCAGAGUGGUGCAGAGGUUUGGCUGGGCCACAAUGCGCUGACUGGGAGUGUUCCUGGGUCUGUCUUCUCCUCCUGCCUCGCCCUGCUCGACCUCUCCCAUAACCAGCUCUCCGGCCCCAUCCCUGAACCAACCCAGGGGAGCAGCCAGAGCUCGCCCCUACUCCCUCUCUCCCACCUGGACCUCUCCUAUAAUCAGCUCGCGGGAAACAUCUCUAGCGCUCUGGUCACCAGUCUCACUGCCCUGACCCACUUAAACCUCUCCCACAACCAGCUCUCCGGCCCCAUUCCAAUUCCACCACAAGGCACCUCACAGAAGUCCUCCGUUUUCCCUCUCUCUCUCUUGGACCUCUCUUCUAAUCGGCUCACAGGGAACAUCUCCAAUGCCCUACUUGUCAGCUUUACUGCUCUGACCCACUUGAACCUCUCUCACAACCAGCUCUCUGGCCCCAUCCCAAACCCACCCCAGGGGAGCAGCCAGAGCUCGCCCCUUCUCCCUCUCUCCCAGCUGGACCUCUCCUAUAAUCUCCUCUCCGGCGCCAUUCCCCCUCUCCUCGCGUCCUCCCUCUCCUCCCUCGCGCACCUCUCCCUGCGCAGCAACCUGCUGUCGGGCUCGCUGCCCCUCUCUCUCACCCUCGCCCCCGCGCUCACCCACCUGGACCUCUCUCGCAACAAGCUUAAGGGCUCCCUGCCUGCCUUGUGCAGGGGCCAUCAGCGCCUCGCCACUCUGCUCCUCUCCUCCAACGCAUUCUCCGGCCCCCUCUCCUCCCUCCUCUUCCCCUCCUCCCCCUGCACCUCCUCCCUUCUCUCUCUUAACAUCUCCAGCAACCAGCUCUCAGGCUCGCUCCCCUCCUCCCUCUCGCGCUUCACAGCACUGCACUCGUUGGUAGCGGCACGCAACCGCAUGAGCGGCAGCAUCCCUGCAGGCGUGGCAUCUCUGAAGGCCCUGCAAGCCCUGGACCUGUCGUGGAACGGACUGUCAGGAGCCAUCCCUGCGCUGCUGCGGGCGGCAGCCCCCUCCCUGCACGUGCAGCUGGCUGGCAACGCCCUCUCCGGCUCUGUUCCCCAGCCCCUCUCCGACCUGCCCCUGUCCUGCUUCCGCCCCGGCAACCCCAAGCUUUGUGGGAAACCGCUCCUUGCCUGCAAGAAGUCCAAGCCCAGGAAGGUCCGCUGGUAGGGCGUGGGGAUGGGAGGGCGGGGGGACCAUGUGCUGAUUGCAAGAGCCUGGCUCAGUGGCCGGUGUAGAAUCCCAUCCAAAGCCACAGUACUCUCAUGGUAUCUUGUACGAACAGGGCGAGUGCAUCGAUUGGUUUCUGCAGGCGAGAACUGAUACGGGUUAUCAGUAGAGGAAUCCCCGCCCCAAUUUCUCGUGUUGUGGCUGCCACGAUUCGGUCUGCAUCUAGUUAUUCACAGCAUUGACAUCUGCUUGACAAAACAUCACAA